AGUCUGACCUCGUUGUUUGUCAUCUUACAUACACCAUCCCGUCGCCAUAGCCAUCCGAACCCUGCCUUGGGUCCUCCCUCUGCACGCUCGAUUUCUCGCCGCGGACGUUGCUCGACACUCACUGGAAGCUUGGAUCCUGCUGGUUUGCGCCACGCGGGGAUCUUUAAGAUCUUUUUUGAGGAGGCAUGGCUCGCAAGAAAAUCCGAGAGUAUGACUCCAAGCGCAUCCUGAAAGAGCACUUGAAGAAGCUUGCUGGCAUUGACAUUGCCAUAAAAUCCGCCCAGGUGACCGAGAGCACAGACUUUACCAAACUAGCUGAACAGGAACCAUGGCUGAACUCCACGCGCCUCGUCGUGAAGCCAGAUAUGUUGUUCGGCAAGCGAGGAAAGAGUGGCUUGGUGGCUCUCAACUUAGAUUUAGCAGGUGUGGUAGCUUUCGUGAAGGAGCGUUUGGGUAAAGAGGUCGAGAUGAGUGGUACCAAAGGUCCGAUUACCACUUUUAUUGUGGAACCUUUUGUUCCCCACAAGGAUGAGUACUACCUUUCAAUUGUAUCUGAUCGUCUCGGGGUGAACGUAAGCUUCUCCGAGUGCGGUGGUAUUGACAUCGAAGAGAAUUGGGACAAGGUGAAGGCCAUUUUUGUUCCUACUGAGCAGAGUACUCUCACAAGUGAGAUAUGUGCUCCUUUGGUUGCUACUCUUCCACUUGAGGUCCGACCCAAGAUAGAGGAGUUCCUCAAGGGUGUCUUCAUUGUCUUCAGUGAGUUGGACUUCACACUAUUGGAAAUGAAUCCAUUCACAAUUGUUGAUGGGACUCCAUACCCGUUAGACAUGCGUGGUGAACUGGAUGACACUGCUUUAUUCAAGAACACUCAGAAAUGGGGAAAUGUCGAGUUUCCUUUGCCUUUUGGCAGGACAAUGAGUCCGGCUGAGGAGAAAAUUCACCGCAUGGAUGAAAAGACCGGUGCCUCCUUGAAAUUGACAAUCUUGAACCCUGAAGGCCGAAUCUGGACCAUGGUCGCUGGGGGAGGUGCAAGUGUUAUCUACUCUGAUACGGUUGGAGACUUAGGCUUUGCUAGUGAGCUGGGUAACUAUGCGGAGUAUAGUGGUGCGCCUAAUGAAGAAGAAACCCUUCACUUUGCACGUGCCCUAAUUGAUUGUUGCACUGCAAAUCCUGAUGGACGCCGAAGAGCGCUAGUCGUUGGAGGUGGAAUUGCCAACUUCACUGACGUUGCUGCUACAUUCAAUGGUAUUAUUCGUGCUUUCAGGGAAAAGGAAUCGCAGCUUAAAGCAGCUCGUGUCCAGAUUUAUGUCCGGAGAGGAGGCCCCAACUACCAAAAAGGGCUUGCCAAAAUGAGGGAACUGGGAGCUGAGAUUGGAAUUCCAAUUGAGGUAUAUGGACCAGAAGCAAGUAUGACUGGAAUUUGCAAGCAAGCAAUCGACUACAUCAGCAUCGCCGCAUAGACAAAAAUGUAGGGGUCUUCAAUUGCCAUUCUUUCUUCACCGCUACUUGAGCAUACAAUAGUAUUGUCUAUUAUACAAGUAGCGUUGCACUGAUGUAUGCUCAUAGAAUGGCAGGAAUUGCAUAGUUGGGCAACAUUUUAUUCAUUCACAUUAUUCUGAGAAAGACUUGUUCGUACAUCACUUAUGGUUUGAUUACCUACGCACUACAGCGUCACAAUGCAAUCAAUUCAUCAAUAUCAUCAAUUCCAUCUCAUUCAUCUGUUCA